AUGAAGAUGCAAGUAAGACAAUAUACAUUUCCUUCUACAACCACGCAUAUUUUGCAUUCUACUCUGCAAAAACUAUGUAAUUCAUAUAUCAAUUUAGAAUUCAUUAUUGACUCCAAUUCCUAAACUUUCCAAUGGCCAUUUUAAUGCAGAGUUUUGGAAGUCAGGAGUGGGAUACUGGUUUUGCUAUACAAGCACUGCUAGCUAGUGAUCUUACUGAAGAAAUAGGCCAGACUCUUGCGAAAGGGCACGACUUCAUAAAGAAGUCUCAGGUCAAAGAUAACCCUUCUGGCGACUUUAAAGCCAUGCACCGCCAUAUUUCUAAAGGCUCAUGGACUUUUUCGGAUCAAGAUCAUGGGUGGCAAGUAUCGGAUUGCACUGCAGAAGCAUUGAAGUGUUGCCUUCUCUUCUCAAUGAUGCCACCAGAAAUUGUUGGUCCAAAAAUGGAAAUUGAACGACUCAGUGAUGCUGCCAAUAUAUUGCUUUCCUUACAGGUAGGAAUCAAGCAUUAUCUUCCAACUAAUUAUAAAGUAAAUUUUUGAGUUUUCUCUAGUAUAUAUAUUGGACACAUCAAAACUCAUAUAUACUAUUAUUUAUUUGGCACUUCAAUACCUAAAUAGUUAGGUUCAAACACACAAUUCUUAAGGGACAACAACGCACUUGAACAAAAU